CUUGCUCAAGGACACAUAAAUUAGCAGAGCUAGGAAUUGAACCCACAGCCUGAGCUACCAUUGCUCACUGCUAACUCCUUACUUUUCACAAUGAAAAAAACUAUAAUGCAUUAAGUGUUAUCUUGUUUUACACAUACUGAUUACUGACAGAUUUGUGCAGGCAGCUAUAGCAGACAGCUGCAAGUGUUCAAGCUUGUUUUUCACUUACAACAUGACUAACAACUUACAAACAAAUUGAUCCCAAAAGGAAAAUAAUGUUACGUAACAAUUCCUGUUAAGAACCCUUUGCCCUGUUCUCCUCCACUCUUCCUUUCACAUAAGAGAGACUCGACCAGGAUUUAUAAUAGAAGGCUUUUUGAAACAGCAUCAUGAUUUUUCAAGGGAUUUUUGAUCGUAUGGAUUUUACUGGAUGGCUCAUAUUUGGCUUUGCAUUGUUACUUUUGAGUGAUGUGAUAAGAAACUGGAGGCCACACAACUUCCCACCAGGACCGUGGGCCAUGCCUUUUCUGGGAAAUGUUUUCACGGGAGUUGAUUUCAAAACUAUGGAGAAGCUCGCUCAGCAGUAUGGCCCAGUGUUCAGCCUGAGGAGAGGCAGUGAAAGAAUGGUCUUCAUAUCAGGAUUCAAGAUGAUCCGAGAGGCUCUUGUCAGCCAGCUGGACAGCUUUACUGAUCGACCUAUCGUUCCUCUCUUCGAUGUUGUCUUCAAGGGCCUCGGGUUAACACUGAGCAAUGGUUACCUGUGGAAGAAUCAGAGGAAGUUUGUCAGCGCUCACCUGCGUUACUUUGGAGAGGGUCAGAGGUCACUGGAAAGAUAUAUUGAAGUGGAAAGCAACUUUCUUUGUGAAGCGUUCAAAGAGGAACAAGGAAGACCAUUCAACCCCCACUACACCAUUUCCACUACAGUGGGUAACAUCAUCGCGUCUGUGGUCUUUGGACAUCGAUUUGAAUACAGUGAUCAAACCUUUCGUAAAGUUCUGGAGUUGGACAAUGACGCCAUUGUGCUUGCUGGCUCAGCUCAGACUCAGCUGUAUGAUGUGUUUCCUGGCCUGCUGAAGUACCUGCCAGGUCCUCACCAGACUGUCCACGCCAACUAUGCAGAGAUCGUGAAGUUCCUGAGAAGCGAAAUAGAGAAGCACCAGGAGGAGUGGAACUCUGAAGACCCUCGCGAUUAUAUUGAUGUGUAUCUGACAGAGAUCAAGAAGAAAAAAGAUGAUCCUCAGGCUGGCUUCAACGUUGAAACACUGCUGGUUAGCACUCUUGACCUGAUCGAGGCAGGGACAGAAUCAUCUGCCAACACUCUACGCUGGGCGAUCCUGUACAUGAUGCACUACCCAGAAAUACAGAAGAAAGUCCAGGAAGAGAUAGACAGAGUGAUCGGUCAGUCUCGUCAGCCCAACAUGGCCGAUAGACCACACCUGCCUUACUCUGAUGCUGUCAUCCAUGAGACACAAAGGUUUGGAAACAUCCUUCCAAUGGGAUUCCCUAAGAUGGCCAGCAAAGACGCUACACUGGGAGGAUACAACAUACCCAAGGGCACAAGUGUAUCUACAAUACUAGCAUCUGCAUUGUUUGACAAGAACGAGUGGGAGACUCCGAACACCUUCAAUCCCAAGCAUUUCUUGAAUUCAGAGGGUCAGUUCCAAAAGAGAGAUGCCUUCUUGCCAUUCUCAGCAGGUAAACGAGGGUGUUUGGGGGAGAACCUGGCCAGAAUGGAGCUGUUUCUUUUCUUUACAUCUCUCCUCCAGCGCUUCAGCUUCUUUCCUGUUCCUGGAGAAAUGCCCAGUCUGGAGGGUGUGAUGGGUUUUACUCAUUCCCCAGAAGAGUUCAGGGUGCUCGCCAUAGCACGUUAAUGUUCUCCAUCUAUCCAUCUGCUUUCUUCACUCACUCACUUCUUCAUCUUCUACUGCUUUAUCCUCCACAUGAGGGUCACAGGUGGUGGAGUUACUUCUCUAUAUUUUUGAAGUAAAAGACAAAUUUUGUAUCAUGAAUAAUGUUUUUAUUGUGAACUAUACAUUGUUCCAUGUCAACAAAGUAUUGUGAAACUCUUUCAAAACUAUUGUUAUGGUGAUAUAAUAUUCAACUCAUAUCGCCCUUUCACUUGAUUAGCCCCUCACUGACCAGACUCGAUGCUCAGUGGCUCCCAGAGUGUCCAUUUUGCCUCAUCCCCAAUCUGCAUGUUUUUGGAUUGUGGGAGAAAACUCCAUCUUCUCCAUCCUUUGUCCACUAAAUCACUAUCUCUCCUCUGCACGUGACCAAACCAUCUCAACCAAUGAUAAUGUGUGAAAUUGUACCGUCAAAGACAUCCAUACAUGUUAUUUUCCUGAGUCUUAAACAAGUCUUGAACGAGUCUUGAACGAGUCUUGAAAGUGGAAUUCCUCUAAAUGGGAACAUAAUUUACAGAAUUUACAUCAUGUUUUGUGGAAGAAGACCUGGAACUCACAACCGAGACCAUUAACUUAAGUGAGAAGUUAUUACUUCCUGAUUAAAUUCACCCUGCAAACCAGAAAACUAGGUCCUCUUUUUAUACACAUAUUUGAUUUGGCAGAGGCUUGGUUUGUUUUUUUACACUCCCUGAUCCAGCCAUUUCAUCUUCCCAUUUAAUUGUUAAUACUUAACUCUAUGUACACAGUAUCAUCACGUGGUAUAUGUUUCACAAGCAACUAUACAGGUUUGACCUUCAACAGCAUUUCCUCUGAAAAUAUGGCAAAGGUUUUUUAAUUUGCUACAUUUACAAUCUUUCUAGUUCCCUGUAAAUUAAGAAUAAAAGUAUUCCAUACUUUUUCAGUUGUCUGUCUCCUGUGAGCACACAGUGUAGUAGAUAACAGCAGACACUAGAGAGUUGAUUUCACAUGUCUAACAAGCUUCCUGGUUAAAUUAAAAGGGGAUGCAAAUGUCAGCAGUGAGUAUUUGGGAUGAAAUAGUGGUGGCACGCAUGUUAUAUUCACUGCCACUUUCAUAAAACAUAAAAUAGGGAAAGCACUUGUAGACCAUUGUGGGCUCAAUCGUUUUCAUUUCACAUCUGUAACAAUCAGCUCUUGAAUUCAACAACUAACAAAUAUUAAAUAUUAUUCUAACAAAUAACACAUUCACACGGACUUUGUCUCACAAAAUCUUCCCAUGAAACAUAGAGUGUAACUGUCAUUUUCCAGUUGAUAGAAGAAACUUCGUAUUUGUGAUGAGAUUCUUACCCUAAAUACAUAUCAUCAUCAAUAAACGCCAAAUUUGCUCGGAAAAUGCAAAGAAGACAUUGAUGAUGCUUGGUUAGGAAGGUUACAGGUUUUGAUAGAACAGCGAAUCACAAACCUUUGCCAUGACAUGACAUGAUCGCCCUGUAACUGUGCUGUACUUUGUCUAAUCUGCCAUGAACCAUGUACAGAGUCAUACAUGAUGGGUGUUGCACAAUAGCUCAGUGGCACUUCCUAGAAACCUUCAAAGAAGCAGCACUCGUUGUUCGCUGACUUAGACAUCUGAAAUCUGCUACACAUGUAUCACAUCAAAGGCUCUUAAAAAGCCACGGCCUACACCCAACAGGAAGUCAGUCACCUAAAGAUUUGAGCCUGCUAUGUUAAGACAUCCAUCCACCCAUUGUCUACUACUUUAUCCUCCACAUGAAGGUCACAAUGAAAUCCCUGGUGACACAGGGUGAAAGGUGGGAUACACCCCAGACAGGUGGCUAGUCCCAUCGCAGGACAAACACACAGAGACAAAUAAACUAUUCACUCUCACACUCACACCUACUGGCAGUUUAGUGUCCAUUAAACUCUGCAUGUUUUUGGACUCAUGUGCAAACCCUACUAGCUACUG